CUCCAGUUUCUCUGAUUAUUUCUUCAGCGUGUUCAUAGCUGCUGCUGAGACCUUCUAAUGAGCUUUUCAUUUCAGCUAUUACACUUUCAACACCAGAAUUUCUAUCACCUUUUUUUAAUAUAACUUCUGUCUCUUUAUUGAUAUUCUCUAUUUGGUGAGACAUCAUUCUCACGAAUUCCUCUAGCUCCUUGAAGAUAUUAAAUAAGCUUAUGUGAAGUCUUUUCUGGUGAGUCCAAUAUCUGUGUCUCUUCAGUGACAUUCUGUUUUAGUUCCUUUUUCCUGUCUAUGAGCUACACUCUUGUAUUCUUUGUAUGCCUUGUAAUUUUUUGUUGAAAAUGAAAUUUUUAAUAAGUGGCAGUUCUGGAAAUCAGACUCUCCCCUCUCCUCAGGAGUUUUUGUAGCUACUGUGGUUUGUUGAGUAACUUUUGUGAACUAAUUUUGUAAAGUCCAUAUUCUUUGUCUGAUGUGGCCACUGAUGUCUGUUCCAUUAGCUUAGAGGGCAGCAAGUGAUGGGACAUACAGAUUCUUAAACGUCUGGAAUGAAAACUAAAACUUGUUUUUGCAGAUGGGCUCUGUGUGUCUUGGAGCCACCUUCAGCACUCAGCCAGGCUGGUCAAGCCUCUGUCUUAUCACCUCCUGCUCGCAGAAUCUGAAGGUCAGCCCGAGGAAGGACUUCAGGGACUUCUCGGGUUUUUCCCGGCACGUGCGCAGCCCAGGCAUGUGCGUGGCAUCCAGAUUCCCGGGAACUCUUAGAACUUUAUCAAGCUCUUAUUUCCUAAAUCAUCUCAUUCGCCAGCCUUUCGUCCCCAGCUUUUUGUUUAGCCUGUGGUGCCAACUAUAAUCCAUUGCCUCAGGCAGCAAUGGCUAAAACACUUUCCUAUCAAUGUUUUUGACACACACUCCCCAAGUGGCUGCCUUUGCACAGACGGAGUUCCAAGAUACUGGAGAUAAGGCAGGAGUUUGAGCCGGUCUUCCAUGGAGCCAAAGUAAUUACGAUUCCUGGUCAACGAGGCCUGUAGCUUCUCCUUCCAGUGCUGGUACCGGGAAUGCAGGCUGUUGCUGUCCCCGCGGAGCUGGGGAGCGACAAAGCUUAUUAUUGUGAUGAAGACUCAGCUGUUCUUUCUCAGUGCCCCACGGUUGGUGCAAGCUUUUGGUUAGUUUCCAGAGGUCCAAAAAAGUUGACUCGACGGUUUUCAUCAGGUUUUCCACUGUGUGAAGGUAGGGAUGGACUUUUGGAGCUCCUUAUUCCGCAGUUUCUCCGCCUCACAGAAUGCGGAGUAGGGCCAGGAAUGCAGUUUUCCAGCAGGUCCCCUGGCUGAUUCUGACGUGGCUGCUCCGCGGGACACACCUUGAGAAACUAAGCUAGGACUCCGCCUCUCCCUCCAGACAUCACGGCGUCCUCACCGGUCGGUGGGGUCCGCCCUGAAACAUCUGGCUCUUCGGAGUUUGCGUCGAUUUGUGAAAGCUCCGUUCGACCCCUUGUUCCAAGCCCCCUAGCGAGCCCGGCGGGAGCCCCUCGGUCCGCUCCGGCCCUGCGCAUGGAGCCAUGGCCCUGCUACCCGGGCGGCGGCGGCGGCGGGACACGCGCCCGGCACGUCAUCAUCAACGUGGGGGGCUGCCGCGUGCGCCUGGCCUGGGCCGCGCUGGCGCGAUGCCCCCUCGCGCGCCUGGAGCGCCUGCGCGCCUGCCGCGGCCACGACGACCUGUUGCGCGUGUGCGAUGACUACGACGUGAGCCGCGACGAGUUCUUCUUCGACCGCAGCCCGUGCGCCUUCCGCGCCAUCGUGGCGCUGCUGCGCGCGGGGAAGCUGCGGCUGCUGCGGGGCCCGUGCGCGCUGGCCUUCCGCGAUGAGCUGGCCUACUGGGGCAUCGACGAGGCGCGCCUAGAGCGCUGCUGCCUGCGCCGCCUGCGCCGCCGCGAGGAGGAGGCGGCCGAGGCCAGCGCGGGGCCGACGGAGCGCGGGGCGCAGGGGAGCCCGGCGCGCGCCCUGGGACCUCAGGGGCGGCUGCAGCGCGGCCGGCGGCGCCUGCGCGACGUGGUGGACAACCCGCACUCGGGGCUGGCGGGCAAGCUCUUCGCCUGCGUAUCCGUGUCCUUCGUGGCCGUCACGGCCGUGGGCCUCUGCCUGAGCACCAUGCCGGACAUCCGCGCCGAGGAGGAGCGGGGCGAGUGCUCCCCCAAGUGCCGCAGCCUGUUCGUGCUGGAGACCGUGUGCGUGGCCUGGUUCUCCUUCGAGUUCCUGCUGCGCUCCCUGCAGGCCGAGAGCAAGUGCGCCUUCCUGCGCGCGCCGCUCAACAUCAUCGACAUCCUGGCGCUCCUGUCGUUCUACAUGUCGCUGCUGCUGGGGCUGGCGGCGGGCCCGGGCGGGACAAAGCUCCUGGAGCGCGCAGGGCUGGUGCUGCGGCUGCUGCGCGCGCUGCGCGUGCUCUACGUGAUGCGCCUGGCGCGCCACUCGCUGGGGCUGCGCUCGCUGGGCCUGACCGUGCGCCGCUGCGCGCGCGAGUUUGGGCUGCUGCUGCUGUUCCUCUGCGUGGCCAUGGCGCUCUUCGCGCCACUGGUGCACCUGGCCGAGCGCGAGCUGGGCGCGCGCCGCGACUUCUCCAGCGUGCCCGCCAGCUACUGGUGGGCCGUCAUCUCCAUGACCACCGUGGGCUACGGCGACAUGGUCCCGCGCAGCCUGCCCGGGCAGGUGGUGGCGCUCAGCAGCAUCCUCAGCGGCAUCCUGCUCAUGGCCUUCCCGGUCACCUCCAUCUUCCACACCUUCUCGCGCUCCUACUCCGAGCUCAAGGAGCAGCAGCAGCGCGCGGCCAGCCCCGAGCCAGCCCUGCGGGAGGACAGCACGCGCUCGGCCACGGCCACCGAGGACAGCUCGCAGGGCCCCGACGGUGCGGGCCUGGCGGACGACUCCGCGGACGCGCUGUGGGUGCGGGCAGGGCGCUGACGCCUGCGCCGUCCGCACGGAGACCCCCUGCCCCCUCCAGCUGCAACGUCGGGACCGAGGCGCGCCGAGGGGUGGGGGGCGUCUGGCCCGGGGGAGCAGCUCCUGCCAGCCGCGUCCUCGGCCCUCGUGUGUGAGCAGCCCCAGAACUUGGCGGGUCCCUGCCUGACUCCCCGCGGCAGCGCUGAGCGAAGUCACUGGCCUGUGUCCUCCUGCCCUGCCCCUUUCCUUGGAUUUUUAAUUUUCUAUGCGUAGCUAAAAAUAAAUUUAGUAAGUCCCAGAAA